AUGUUGAUCAUAAGUCUGGUGGUCAUCGCAGUCCUCUCACCUGUUUCAACCUUUGACCCAAGCUGGGGAUCUCUGGACAACAGACCGCUCCCCGAGUGGUAUGAUGACGCGAAAGUCGGAAUCCUCAUUCAUUGGGGAGUCUACAGCGUACCCGCGUAUGUUUCCGAAUGGUUCUGGUGGCUGUGGGAGGUUCGUGAAAAUCCAAAGGUGACGAAAUUCAUGAGAGCCCACUAUCCUCCUUUUUGGACUUACGCUGAUUUCGCGAGGGAUUUCACCGCCGAGUUCUUCGAGCCCAAUGAGUGGGCCAAGAUGUUUCGCGAUUCCGGAGCCAAAUACGUGGUCAUGACCGCUAAACAUCACGAUGGUUACACUCUGUGGCCGUCGAUGUAUUCGCAUAAUUGGAACGCUUUGGAAGUUGGCCCGAAGAGGGAUCUCGUCGGAGAUCUGGCUUUCGCUGUGCGGAGCUAUGGACUGAAGUUUGGUGUCUACUACUCGCUAUACGAAUGGUACAACCCACAGUGGUUGGAGGACAAGAAGAAUAACUUCGGGACAUUUUAUUACUCACAAUGCAAAGUUCAAGCCGAGCUUCACGAUCUGGUCUCACGCUACAGCCCCGAUAUAAUCUGGAGCGACGGAGAUCUGGCACCGGAGACCUACUGGAACUCCACGAAUUUCCUCGCUUGGCUAUACAAGGAGAAAGCGAAUACUGUUGUGAACGACCGGUGGGGUUCUGGCACCCUAUGCAAACACGGAGACUUCUUCACUUGUGGAAACGGUUUCACACCCGGGAUCGAAUUUCCUCAUAAAUUCGAAAAUGUCUUCUCCCUGGACGACUCAUCAUUCGGAUAUCGCCGAGAACUUGAUCCCGUGAAUGUCAUGAGCAUCGAGAAUCUCCUGGAAAAGAUCGUUACAACGGUGGCCUGCAACGGCAACGUGCUCAUCAAUAUAGGAGCUCGGAGUGACGGAGUCAUCCCCUUGAUCUUCCAAGAACGUCUUGAACAGAUGGGACAAUGGUUCAAAACCAAUGCGGAGGCUAUCCAUGGCACGAGACCCUGGAUGAAUGUGCGAGACACAGUCAGCCCUGAGAUCUGGUUCACGCAGAAGACGUCAGUUAUUUAUGCUUUCAUGAGGACGUGGCCGGAGAGCGGAACGGACGAACCUUAUCGACUGACAAUAGGCACCGUUAACUCGUCCGUGGUACCCCAGGUUUCCAAGGUGGUGCUGCUCAACACGCCCCUCGUAAACUUGAAGCACACACUGAGCGCCUUGGGGUUGACCAUAGAGCUUCCCAAAUUAUCCCCGGAUUACUCCGCGAGAUGGGUGUGGGUACUGCGAAUACAAUGCUGAAAAUCUU